AUGCCUCAUCAUGCCAACCCUUGGUCCUCAUACAGUAAGUUAUCAAUGCGAGAUAUGUUGAAAUCUCUGUCUGUCAAAGAAAAGGGUCUUACAUCGAAUGAGCCUACACCAAUAUCUCAUCCAGUUGUCUUCCCAUCUGGUCCCCCUAAACAUGAUGACGGCCCAAGAGUGAUUUGGCUUGGUCAUGCAAGUAUAUACCUCAUGAUACCUCAUCUUAAUUUGGAGGGUAACAGGGAAUGGAGAGGCAUUCUAUUUGAUCCAGUAUUCUCGUCGCGAUGUUCUCCAAUUAGUUUUAUUGGACCAAGAAGAAGAUUAGAUGCUCCUUCUAAAAUAAAAGAUAUACCCAAAGUUGAUCUUGUAAUCAUCUCUCAUGACCAUUAUGAUCAUUUAGAUAAAGAGACCAUCAAGGACAUUGAAACGUAUCAUCAGGAUGUACAAUACAUGGUGCCUACCGGAUUGAGAACUAGCUUGAUGACAUUUGGAGUAUCGAAACGUUCGAUCACAGAGCUGGGGUGGUGGGAGGAAGACGUCACUGAUUUUUCCAACAGUCUAAGCGACACGAACACCCUAGGCGUCAAACAAACAGUUUAUAUGUCGGCUUCUUCUCCUCUCAAAAGCGUGUCUCCCCUCGACAGUGUUGAAUGUCAAAUCCUUUCUCCGAUCAAGGAGGAAAUUGCGGAGUCUCUUUCGCCAAUAUCACCAACAGCUCCUUUCAGCCCAGUAUCCACCACUCUAUCCAAGCAACGCUGUGAUGAUUCUGUUAAGGUAGUUUGCUGUCCUGCACAACACAAUUCUGGUAGAAGUCUAUUUGCCAAGAACAAGACUUUAUGGGCUACUUGGUGGUUACAAGUGAGAUUACCAGAUGGAAAGGUAUGGAAAUGCUUCUUCGGCGGAGAUACGGGUUAUAGAUCAGUCCAGGACGGUCCAAGCUGUCCCAUAUUCAAGGAGAUAAAAGAUCGUUAUGGAUCACCAGACUUGGCGCUGCUUCCAAUCGCUCACGGAUCAGUACUUCCUUAUUUGUCCUCCUUAAUUCCAUUUGUACAAUUCGAUUCUCAUAGAUUGACCUCUGCUGUACAUUGUUCACCUGAAGACGCAGCUACCAUACAUCAAGAUAUGGAAGCGAAAAUCACGAUACCCAUACAUUGGGCUACGUGGACCACGGAGGCAGAAACCAAGAUGAUCGUGAAAAGUUUAAGGCGAGCUUGCGAGGAACACGUUAUCAAGUUGAUAUGGUCUCAUAAACAAGAUGACAUUGACGUUGGUCAGACGAUAACGGAAGCGUAUAGAGGAUUCGUCGUUUGUGACAUAGGAGUUUCAGUCGCAUUGAUCGCCGAUCUCCAUUAG